ACCCUCGCCGCGCAUCCCGACGAAAUCCAACGUGCAAUGGCGUCCGGCGCGGCAGCAUCAUCCUCGUCGUCCUCCGUCUCUAACAGUACGCCUCUCCUCGCCACCGGCGACUGGACCAAAAACCUCGUCCACCUCGCGAAGACUGCCGAGCUAAAAAAACAUGCCCUCACGCUACAGCUACAUACUGCCCACAUCCUCUCUGCCCAUGCAUCGCUAGAUCAGAAGAGCAAGGCCAUUCAGGACCUCAAAGAGCAAAAGAACAAACUCGAAAGCGAGCGGUCGAGGCUGCUCAAUUGCCUGCGAGAGGUAAACGAAGAUCGGGACAAAACGGAUAUUCUGGAGGUGACGCUCAGUAAAGAGUGUACGGACCUACGCCAGAAGAUCCAAGCUAUCACCGACGGGGACUACGCCAGUGCGAAGGCAGAUGUUGAUAGGCUGCGGCAGGAGCUAGGUCAGCCGCCGUUGCCGAGUCUGCAGAGCACGCUCGAGGAAAAGUCCGCGCAGUACCUGAAGGAGCUGCGGCUGCAGGCGGAGAAGAUGGCGAGUGCGCCGAACAAGCGUGUCACGGAGGAAGCAAGCGUCGAUGGCCAGCCCGUGCAGAAGCGGCCGAGAGGAAGGCCGAAGGGCAGCAAGACGAACAAAAAGGGCAAGGAGACUGCUGGUGCCGGUGGCACGCCUGCGCCUGCCUCUGCGUCUGCUCCCGCAGGCUCAACAGCGUGAGCGCCUCAUAGUUUUGAGGAGUUCGCGCGAUGGGUGGUUCUUUGUCCUGCUGUCAAGUACGGUCUGCGAUGUUUAUAUGAGAUGAUGAUGACGUAGUUUUGCGUAGCGGCUCGGAGGGUACAUGUCAAUACAUAUGCGAGUGCUAUGUAUGGGCGGGGUUAUAUUUGUCUUGCUAUGCAUGUAUGCUGAUCAUCAUGAAGUCCUAAUCAUCAAUGAUGGUGUAUAAUAAUAGAUAACCUUCUAAAUGUG